GGCAAGCAGGCGCGCGGCACGGGGACCCGCCGGAAGAAGGAGCAGCAGCAGCUUCAGCGCGAGCGUAGACGCAGACCCACAAAACACCGGCAGCACGAGCGACACCGAGGCGGCCAGCGGGGCGGAGAGGAGGAGGAGGAGGAGGAAGAGGAGGCACCUGCACCGCGACUCGUCUCCUCUCUGUCUCUCUGCUCUCUCCUCACCCCUCGUCUCUCUCGGACCGCCACCGCCGCUUCCUCGUUAAGAUGGCUGACCCCAGCAGCGACGGAGAGGCACCGGAGAGCGCGCGCGGCUUCGCCCGACAGGGAGCCCUCCGCCAGAAGAACGUGCACGAGGUGAAGAACCACAAGUUCAUCGCGCGCUUCUUCAAGCAGCCAACCUUCUGCAGCCACUGCACGGACUUCAUCUGGGGCUUUGGGAAGCAGGGAUUCCAGUGCCAAGUGUGCUGUUUUGUGGUCCACAAGCGCUGUCAUGAAUUUGUCACCUUUUCUUGUCCGGGGGCCGACAAAGGACCUGCCUCUGAUGAUCCUCGGAGUAAACACAAGUUUAAGGUCCACACCUACUCCAGCCCGACGUUCUGCGACCACUGUGGAUCUCUCCUCUACGGGCUGAUACACCAGGGCAUGAAAUGUGACCACUGUAUGAUGAACAUCCACAAGAGGUGUGUGGCCAACGUCCCGAGCCUCUGUGGGACGGAUCACACCGAGAGGAGAGGACGCAUCCACAUCUCUGCCCAGAUCACCGGGGAGGCUCUCACUGUCACCAUCAAAGAGGCUAAGAACUUGGUGCCCAUGGACCCCAACGGCCUGUCAGACCCCUACGUCAAGCUCAAGCUGAUCCCAGACCCAAAGAGUGAGAGCAAGCAGAAGACCAAGACCAUCAAAUGUUGCCUCAACCCCGUGUGGAAUGAGUCCUUCACCUUCAACCUCAAAGAAAGUGACAAAGACCGCCGUCUGUCUGUGGAAAUCUGGGACUGGGAUCUGACCAGCAGGAAUGAUUUUAUGGGCUCCCUGUCCUUUGGGAUCUCAGAGCUACAGAAACUAGGGGUGGACGGAUGGUUUAAGCUGCUCUCCCAGGAGGAAGGAGAAUACUUUAACGUUCCCGUCCAGCCAGAGGGAGAAGAAGGAAACGAGGAGCUGCGACAAAAAUUUGAGAGGGCGAGGGUUGGUCCAGGAAAGCCCACAGACUCCUCUUCAUCCUCGGCUGUGUGCAAGUACGACAGCAAUGGCAAUCAGGACCGAGUCAAGCUGUCGGACUUCAACUUCAUCAUGGUUUUGGGCAAAGGCAGCUUUGGCAAGGUGAUGCUGGCUGAGAGGAAGGGUACCGAUGAGUUAUAUGCCAUCAAAAUUCUGAAGAAGGACGUGGUGAUCCAGGACGACGACGUGGAGUGCACCAUGGUGGAAAAGAGAGUCCUAGCUCUGUCUGGGAAACCUCCUUUCCUCACUCAGCUGCACUCCUGUUUCCAGACCAUGGACCGAUUGUAUUUUGUCAUGGAGUACAUAAACGGAGGAGACCUCAUGUACCAGAUCCAACAAGUCGGCAAGUUCAAGGAGCCUCAUGCUGUAUUCUAUGCUGCAGAGAUUGCCAUCGGACUCUUCUUCCUUCACUCCAAAGGCAUCGUGUAUCGGGAUCUGAAGCUGGACAACGUGAUGCUGGACUCUGAAGGCCACAUAAAGAUCGCUGACUUCGGCAUGUGCAAAGAGAACAUGAACGACGGGAUCACAACAAAGACCUUUUGUGGAACACCAGACUACAUCGCUCCAGAGAUCAUAGCUUAUCAGCCAUACGGGAAGUCUGUGGACUGGUGGGCCUUCGGAGUUCUGCUGUAUGAAAUGCUUGCUGGACAGCCACCUUUUGAUGGAGAGGAUGAAGAUGAGCUGUUCCAGUCGAUCAUGGAGCAUCAUGUCUCUUACCCUAAAUCCAUGUCCAAAGAAGCUGUUGCCAUCUGCAAGGGGCUGAUGACCAAGCACCCAGGUAAGCGUCUAGGCUGUGGUCCAGAGGGGGAGAGAGACAUCAAGGAGCACGCCUUCUUCCGCUAUAUAGACUGGGAAAAACUGGAGAACAAAGAGGUCCAGCCGCCUUUCAAACCUAAAGCUUGUGGGCGUGAUGCGGAGAACUUUGAUCGCUUUUUCACGCGCCACCCCCCAGAGCUGACCCCCCCUGAUCAAGAGCUUAUAGCCAACCUGGACCAGGAAGAAUUCCAAGGCUUCUCAUUUGUUAACCCUGAGUACCCUCACACAACUCACUGACCAUGCCACAUAUCACUGGGCUGCACUAGUAAUCCCCACUCCUCGGAAACAAAAAUGAGAAAUUAAAACAAAAUAAAAAAUCACCAUGUUGUCACAUCCAGGCCGCGUUCAGCUGGGUUAAGUGUUAAAGGAAUGUUAAACAUUUUGGGAAAAACAUUUUGAAGGUUGGAGAGGAUUGAUGCCAAUCUCACAUGUGUGCAUAAACCACAGAGCGACUGAAAAUAUGGGGAACCAACCAAGCCUUGCUCUACAAAGUUAAAAAGCUACCACCUCAACUAUAGCUCACCACUUAACUCUAAAGAUCUUAUUAUUAAAACCAGGAGAUUUUACAGAAGCCACUUUGACCUGCAAGGCAAGGGUCACAUGACGAAUGAAGACAGCUUAAAGCCCUUUUAAAGUAACAUCCUUAUUCGCACUGUUAGCUUGUCUACUGCUGUUAAAAAUGUAAAAGUCUCCACCACAGAGGGUAACAUUACAUUGAGACUUUUCCACAACCCAGCUUGUGCUUUUCUUUCUGUUUUUAGCGGUAGCUUAGUCAUACCUUAUCACUGUGAUUCGAAUGUAAGGAAAAACAUACUUUUUUACUUGGUCAUAAUUAGCAAAUGUUAGCAUGCUUACUCCAAAAUGCUAAGAUGACAAACACAAUCCAACAUUGUUACAACUGCUUAACAAAGGCAAGUAAAGAUUGUCAUUUUGAAUAACUGAGUAGCUGAAUAGCUUUAGACGUUAUAAAAUAAGUGGACUUAGCUACAUGACAUCAGUGAUAGGUUAGUGUGCAGCCUGUUGCACCAGCUGUGUGUAAAUUCAAACGUAGCCUAGUUUGAACGGAAUUUCUCAUUCAGGAUGAAGCUUACACUCUACUAACAUUUUGGCAUUGCACCAGCUGAGAUAGUUCCAACGUAAGCCUAAGUUACAACUUAAUUCUUACACUUGGCUCCCAGUAGGCAUAAAGUCCUCCAUAGAGUACCGGUUGCCAUCGAGCGUUGUUUUGAAAGGUGGGACGAUUUGGAGGAUGAGGAGAUACAGAGGGUUCUCUCAGCUAGAUUACUUCGGCAACUAGUUAUCCGCAACAGAUUACAUCCUUUGUAAAAAUAUCAUGAGCAAGAUUUGCACUCUAGAAUAUUAACGUAUGUUGUAGUUGAUAAUUCUACCACUCGAUGUCACUGUUAUUAUACACACUGUAAAUUAAGGAUUUAGGCUAUAUUUAUCACCUUACUAUGACACUUAUGAAGAUUUACAUACCUUCUGUUGUUGUUCCAGGACAGUAACAGAAGUUUGUUUAAUCUGUCGGUCAGUUCUGAGACGAUUAGGCAUGAAAGAUCACAACGUAGAAACCCCUGCAUCAAAAUUGGUGCUUUCCUCUGAUUGAAGUGUAAACGUCAUAUCUGCGACAAUGUUUUGAUUAGUUUGGACGUUACGGUCUACUAGUUAAGAUGAACCUUACGUAUCCGUGGUGCAACCAAACAACGACACAACUUUCGUUACAAACUUACUAGUUUCAACAUAUGGUUUAGUGUGGACUUUACAUCCUAACUUAGGACACAACUUACGCACAGCUGGUGCAACAGGCUGCAGCUGUUUAAAUGAAUUAGAAUUAGGGGGGGGGGUUGAAUAGUUGCGCAAUAGGUCAGCUAAUGCUAGUUCAUAGAUUAAUUUUAGCUCUAGCAUGGUUAGCAUACUUAAUUAAAGGUAGCUUUACUGUGAUGAUUGAUUUGGAUGCAAACUUUGCCUAAUGAAAAACAGACUUCAACCACAAUGUACCUUCAGAAGAAAUAACAGCUUAACCCUCAGAGUGUCUUUCAGUACAACCAAAGGUUUAACACUUUUUCAAUUGUUACAUAGCAGCUUGUAAGUUUACAAGGUAGCCACGCCCUAAAGACUAGCCAGCUUUAUCAUCAUCACUGAAAUGCAACCAUAAUUCACAAAGUGAAAAUCAUGCUGAACUGAAGAAGUGUAGAAUAGAAAUUGAGACCUAAAAGUCAUUAGGAAAAAAUCAGUGCUCAGGUAAUAAAUGAAGUGAAAAGAAGGCUCUUUUUUAGGGAUGCACCGAAAAUUUGGCCACCGAAAAUUAGUGCAUUUUCAGUUUUCGGACGAAAGGCUUUUAUCACCAAAACAACACGGCCGAAACAGAAUGUUGUGAUGACUCAAGCAAAAACCGCGGCCAGUAUGCGCUUGUCUGGAUAAGGGCCAACAUGUCUGCAUCCGCUAUUCCUUUAAUUGCAGCACUAAAGCGUCUUCUAAGCGAAGAGGUUGAGAUGGACCACGGAGUGAAAACAAUGAAAAGUACACUCUUAGAGUCUGUCAGCACGUUUCGCUGAGAUCUAUUCGACUGUACUUGAUCUGCGUUAUAAAGGUCAUCACUUGGAUGUGGGAAUAAAUCAGCGCGCUCAAGAAAUGAUCCAGGCCGUGAUAAAUGCGGAGAACCUGCUUGGAGACGUAGAAGCGCACGGCGCAGGAGACGGAAAACAGAGUGCAGAAAAAGGGACUCGUCUCUCUGAAGCAGAUGAGGGGCAUGCACCCUCGUUGUCUGAUAUGUUCAAUGAGAUCCUUGAUUUUAGUGAGGUUAGUACACAGCCAGAGCCAUAUAUGCAAUGGUAGGGGAGACCGGGGACAGUUGUAACAUUUUUGACAUUUCUGUCUAUAACUUUGAGCUCUUUUAACCCAGUGUGUUCAAACUGCUAUACAAACUAACUUCAAGUGUCUGCUAAUAAAUGGCCUAGAACAUGCCUGUGCAACACAAACAGAAAAUGCAUGGCUUAAUCUCAAAUCCAAGGAGUGAAAUGUUACAACUGUCCCCGGUCUCCCUACUGAUAAUUGGCAUAAUAAUUUAUUUAGGUGUUUUUCGGUGUUUUUCGGUGUUUCGGUUUUUGGUUUCCUCAUUUUCGGCUUUUGUUUUCGGCCAAGAAUUUUCAUUUUGGUGCAUCCUUACUCUUUUUUUCUUCAGCUUGUAUAGAAUUGGACUUCUUUUUGCUAGCAGUGGAGUUUCCUGUUGGAACUUAUAAUAGUUCCACUAUUAGCAUACAUUCAAUGAUUUUAUCAUGCUAACAUGAUCAUUUAGCUCACAGCACCCCUGUGCCUAAGUACAGUCACACAGAGACACUAGCCUUGUCUGUAAACUUGAAUCCUAUCAUUUUUUGUCUUACUCUUUCAUGUGAAUGUCUGUCACUGAAGGAUGAACUCAGAGUUGCACAGCCAGUAUCAGUUGGCAAUAAACAUGCUAGCAGAAUAGCUCACUAGCAGUAGUCUUACUUGUAUGUGUAACCCUUGUCUUGAUUGCUCGAGUGUCUUCCCCGUAAAAAUCACUUACUCUCUCUUUAGCUCUGUAUUUAAUGUACCCUCAUUAAGAUGGUAUAAAUCCUAUCAUCUCCUUCUUAAUUUAAUACGUGUUUUUCCUGAAAUGCAACAAACACUUCCUUUAAAUACUAUGUAGAUGGAAAUACAGACAGGUGCUCUAGUGCUAACAACCUUGAAAAAUAACCUCAGUUUUAAUGUGUCAAGUUGCCAGUUGGAAACUGGUCUAGUUUCCAGUGAUGAAGCUCUUCAGAUUUGGAUUAUCACGUCAUGGUACACUGCUGCUCUCAUAUCAGCUCUACUGGCUGAAUUUCUAUCAGAAGUGCAGAAAUGUUGCUCCUGAAUACUGCCCAGCUGCUCAUAUCAGCAGGUUCAUGUCUGAGUCUGACCUCUGGGCCGACCUGAACCUGCUCUGUCUCUGUGUCACCCUUCUUGUAAUUGCAUAUUGACUAUGACAACCUAUCGGUAAUAUUGAUGAGUGUACAAUGAUCACAUAUUGGUAAUAUUCAUGCUGUGUAGGUGAAAACUGACAAAAUGCUUUGCUAUGAUUGUUUGAGUACUGAUCAGUUUCCUAAUGUUGACUUUCCUUUCCAAUAGGACCAAAUACUUCUACACUUUAUGUUCAGUGCCGUGGUGAGCUUAUCUUAAAACUUUUGCUGAUUUAAUUUUCAAAUUGUCAAAGGAUAGAAGUCUGUAUACAUGCACUCUGCAAGUCGACAUCAAGCCUGUGACUUUUGACUGGAAGCUCAUUCUUUUCUCAGUUCAUUACUUAAAACAUUCACCACAUAACACUGUGUUUUUCAACAGAGGGCAUAUCUCUUAGAUAGUAAACAACCAUUUUUGGAGGAUUGAUUUGUGACAAUGCCCGGUUGAGUCUUGUGAGCCGGUAGUCUGUUAGCUUGUAAAAAACAAGGAUGUCCAAAAGUGCCAAACUAGGAUUCAGAAUCAUGAGGAUGUUGAAAAUAUUGUCCUCAACAACUGUGAUGAAGUGCAGCCAUUUUGUGCCAUUUUGCAGUACAUGUAUAACUAUUAGAAUAUGCAUUAUAGCUUAUCUGUUCUCCAACGACACAAUACCCGUGGACAGUUAUUUUCAUGUAUAAAAUGAAUGUCUGACAACAGAUGUUUUAUUGUGAGGCAGAUUGUAUUUUUCUUUUGUAACUGUGUAACGAUGCAGGAUAGUAACGUGUCAAAUCUUGUUCUUUGAGCUUGAAAAAAAAAGAGAGUUAGCGUCGCAGAUUUGUUUCUGUCAUACAAAACUGCUCGCUGAAACAGACAGGUGAAAAAUGAGAGCAAUUCUUGUGAUGAUACUAAAUGGUGACAAAUCAAUUGUGAAAUAAUGAGCGAUACGAAAGGGAUUAAAUAAAUAGUUAUAAAUAUAUCAGAGAUAUUUGUAUUAAUCGUUCUGGAUGAGAGAGAUGCUUCUGUGAAUUGUGUAAUUGUCCUGUAUGACUGGAAACUGAUAAUAUACUCACUGGUGCCUACCAGACUA